AUGGAAGAUCAGUCUUCUUCACAGUCUUCUUCACUGUCUUCAGGUGUGCAGUUUGCGUCUUGUCCUCCACAACCGGAGCAGAGCACCCGGCGGAGAAUCGGCCGCUCCGAGGAGAGAGCUCCUUUUCCCAUUCCUGGCCUUCCUGCAGACGUCCUGCACAUGCGAGUGAAAGAAGGAAGCAAAAUUCGCAAUUUACUGCGGUUUGCAACUGCCCGCAUGCAGGAGGAAGGACAGGACGGCAGUGCAGCUGCAGUGAGACAGGUGGUCUUCACAGGCCUGGGCAGGGGCAUCACCAAGACCAUCACCUGUGUGGAAAUCCUGAAGCGCAAAGUGGCAGGGCUGCAUCAGGUGUCCAAACUUUGCUACAUGACAAUUAAUGAGUUUUGGGAAAGCACACCGCAGGAAGCGGCGACCACAGUCGUGGAGAGGACGGUGCCGGCCAUCUGCAUCCUGCUCUCCAAAGACCCGCUAGAUCCCCUGGAGCCGGGCUACCAGCCUCCGCAAACCUUCAGCAGCCCCACAGAGGAAGAGGAGAGAUGCGGGAAUCUGCGAAGAACAGCUGGCAGGCCAAAUUCACUGCACACUGCCAAGAGGCUCAGUCUGGAUGAUUGGACCAGAUGUCCUCCUGAAACCUACAAAGUUUAG